ACGGACUUUAAAUGCAAGGGGGACGCCAUCAUAUUCAUUUUUCUCCCAAAUAUACGGGUUUCUCUGGGGUUGAAGUCACCAAAGAUUCUUCUUGCACUAAUAAAAUAAUAAUUUAAUUUGUUUUGCAAAGAAAAUUUGGGGUCAAAGACUGCCCCAUCGUCGUGAAAUGUGAAAAUCCCAUUGCCGUCAUGUUGGAAAUGUGGAAAAUAAACAGGUGUUAAAGUGAUGCCAUCUCCCUCACGCACAUGCAGCUGUAUGCAUGCAGGCAUCUCUUUUCCGCAUUGUGUACGGUGAGUGUGUUGGACGCUUCCAGUCAACUUCAAUCUGUUGGGGGAGCUAAAUUCACGAAAAACAUCAUUCUUGCUUGGAAUUUGUGAUAAAUAGGACGUUUCUCGAGCUCAUCUCCACCUACUCCCACGCAUCUGGCUAUGAAGUGGAUUAUUGCAGCUAGAGGAUCACCUGAGGACGUGCUAUGAAGUGCUGUGGUGGAAAAGUGGGGUUAUGUUUACGCUAGUGAUUUGUAUUUUGGGGAUAUUUUGAGCCGUUUUAACGCAAGCAAUAGCGCCCCAAGUUGCACAGAGUAUCAUCCACACUGUGGACGAUGAUUAGGAGGCAUCGCUGAGUGACGCUGAGUGUCUGGUGGUUGAGAGGAUUUGGAAAUGCAUUACAGUGAGAAACGCUCAACGCCGACAUCCACAAUGCCAUAUCAAACAUACGGACUGCCGAGCUACGUUCAAUCGCCACCGAGUCCUCCGCCCCAGCAAUCGUCCGGACAGCAAAAUGCCCAGGCUCUGGUGCCGAGGAUUGUAUCCGGUGGUGGUGGUGGUGUGGUGCCGGUAGUGAGUCAGCCUCAGGCAUCAAUUACAGCUGUAUACAGACCCCAGAAUGAGGAUAAAAGGCUCACGCGUGAGGCAAUGGGGCGCUACAUGAGGGAACGGAAUGACAUGGUUAUCGUGAUUCUGCAUGCAAAGGUUGCACAAAAAUCAUAUGGAAAUGAAAAGAGAUUCUUUUGCCCACCACCAUGUAUCUACCUGUUUGGUAAUGGGUGGCGGCAUAGGCAGGAAGAGAUGCUGCACAAGGGAGAGUGUCGUGAGGGUGUUCAGCUGGGUGCGUACAUUGGAAUUGGGAAUUCCGAACAAGACAGUCAACCGCUGGAUCUCAACAAUGACAAACAGUAUUGUGCCGCAAAGACCCUCUUCAUCUCGGAUUCGGACAAACGGAAGCACUUUAUGCUGUCCGUGAAGAUGUUCUAUGGCAAUGGUCAGGAUAUUGGGGUAUUUAAUUCGAAGCGAAUUAAAGUGAUUUCCAAGCCAUCGAAAAAGAAGCAAUCACUCAAGAAUGCCGAUUUGUGCAUUGCAAGUGGAACGAAUGUUGCCCUUUUUAAUCGUUUGCGCUCCCAAACUGUCUCCACGCGGUAUCUACAUGUGGAGAAUGGACACUUCCACGCGAGCUCCACACAGUGGGGUGCCUUCACGAUUCACCUACUCGAUGACAAUGAGAGUGAAUCGGAGGAAUUUCAGGUACGGGAUGGGUAUGUGCACUACGGGUCAACGGUGAAGUUGGUGUGUUCGGUAACGGGAAUGGCACUACCCAGGUUAAUUAUUAGGAAAGUUGAUAAGCAAAUGGCCCUCUUGGAAGCUGAUGAUCCGGUGUCGCAGCUGCAUAAAUGUGCUUUCUAUAUGAAAGAUACGGAACGCAUGUAUUUGUGCCUGUCGCAGGAGAAGAUAAUUCAAUUCCAAGCCACACCGUGCCCUAAGGAGCCUAAUAAGGAGAUGAUCAAUGAUGGUGCAUGCUGGACCAUCAUUUCCACGGAUAAAGCUGAGUAUCAGUUUUACGAGGGCAUGGGGCAUGUACGAUCACUUGUAACCCCAGUGCCAAUUGUGAAUUCACUAAAUCUCAAUGGGGGCGGCGAUGUGGCAAUGCUGGAGCUCACCGGAGACAAUUUUACUCCGCAUCUUCAGGUGUGGUUUGGGGAUGUUGAAGCUGAAACAAUGUACAGGUGCGCAGAGACUCUCCUCUGUGUCGUCCCAGACAUAUCACAGUUCCGCGGUGAAUGGCUCUAUGUGCGACAGCCAACUCAAGUGCCUAUAUCUCUAGUGAGGAAUGACGGCGUCAUAUACGCAACUGGACUCACUUUCACCUACACUCCAGAACCUGGCCCAAGGCAGCACUGUGGUCCAGCGGACGAUGUUAUGAGAGGACGACAUCACAAUAAUAACAACAAUAACACCUCAUCCACAAAUGCUCUCCCAUCGAUGGAUGUGCACACGUGGAACUCCCAUGGGCAGAUGCCCUGAUUCCGGAUAGAUUUAUCGAAAAAUAAUGAAAGAUGUUGGUGAAGAAAUUCCAGAGAAUUGUAUUGUGCAACAAUUUGAGCCGGAUUGUGGACAAAAUUGGGAGGAAUUUGAUUGAAUGAGUUUUUUUUUGUGAAUGAAUCUUCAAAACUAUCUGUAAGUUCUUUUUCCACUUUUGAGAAUUUUAUUUAGAAAUAUUUUAAUUUUCUUUUGUGGCAAAAGGGGUUUGGGGUUUAUGUUUUUUUUUUAUUUCAUAAAUAUGUUGUAAAAAAAUAAAAUGAUUUCCAGACUGCCAAAGAGCGAAGAGAAGGGGGAAAUUUAGUUGACGUGCAAAUGGGAUGCUCCAUCUGGAAAUCACGAUGAAAAAAGACAAUUUUCCUCCAGUUUUAGUGCGUUUGUGUGUGUGUUUGUGUUUUCUUCUGGAAAAGAAACGAAAAGAAAAAACAAGAGGGUGUAAUGAAAAGACUUUUCCAUAUUUUAUUCCGAAAAUGGGGUAGAGUAGUAGAGUAGAAAAUAUAUUUUUCCUAAUAUAUUCGCUCUGUAAACAUGCUUAAGAAGAAUGAAUGGAACAGUGGAAAAUAUUGUGAAAAAAGGGGCAUUUUUUUCGGUGGAUCGUGUGAAUGAAUGAGUUAUUAAUUUAAUAUUAGUUUAUUUUAAUAAAAAAAAGAGAGAAAAAACAUAGUAGAUUAUAGAAAGAACUUCAUCUUAUUGUUGAGGGACGAUUUUCUCACGCCCAAUUUGCAAUUCAAAUAUAUAAAGUAUUUUUAAAUAAAGAGAGAGAGAAAGAAAAAAAGGAGAUGAAGAAAAGAGAGUAUAGGUACAUUACAAAAAAAAAUACAUACAAUACAGUAAAUGCAUGCGUAUCAUAGUUAAUUAAUAAAUUAAAAAGAAAGAAAGAAAAAGAUACAAGUCGGUGUGUGAGAAAGGAUUUAUAUUAUCAAUUUAUCUUUUCUAUUACUUCAUAAUUAUUUAAUAGAACGUAAUUUGUCGUAUUUUCCAAAACAAUUUUUCUUUCUAAACUGAUGGCAAUCAAAGUAGAUGGAGAGAUUAUACUUGAAAAAGAACACAAAAAAUCACAUUCUUGUCAUUAUUAUUUAAUUUAUAUAUUUUUUUCUUGUAAUAAAAUUAUACAAUUUUGUAUAAUUAGUUUUGGGGACUUUCAUUUACACAAUAAAAAAUCAUCUGAUGAUGC